GCCGCAAGAGGUUUUGUAAGAAAAUUGACCACUCUACUGUCAAAAUGUCGUUAGUCGCCAUAGGUGCAUGCUAUGUUGAUACUAUCUUAACAACCCCUCAUUACCCUGGCGAAGAUGAAAAGCUACGGGCUACCAAUAUCUCACGGCGACGAGGAGGCAAUUGCCCUAAUACUCUGGAAGUACUCCAACAAUUGACAGUGCAUAGCCCGUCGCAGACAGGGGUAUCGCUGAAUCUUAUUGCCGUUCUGCCAGCAAAAUCUUCUAUUGCGUCUCAGCAAAUCCGGUCUGCCUUUGAGCCUCGUGUUCAGCUCGUCCAUUGUAUCUAUCGAGAGCAAUAUGCAGAGCCAGCUUCAAGUUAUAUCAUCAAAAGCCAGUCCUCUGGGAGCAGGACUAUUGUUAACUACAAUGAGCUCCCCGAGAUGACAGUGGAUGAGUUUAAGCGAAUCGCAGACGACCUAGGCUCAAAGGCCACAUGGUUUCAUUUUGAAGGUCGCAUACCUGAUGUCACGCUGGCCUGUAUACAAUAUCUUCGGCAACAGUUUCCAUCUUUGAGAAUCAGUGUCGAAGUAGAAAAGCCAGGACGAGAAGGCCUACAAGAGCUGGCUAUGGAAGCCGACGUUGUCUUCUACUCGAAGAGCUGGGCUCAGGGAAAUGGUUACACGUCAGCCAAAGAGUGCCUCCGGAAGCAAUCUCUACUUACACGCAAAGCGCAACUUCUCUUCUGCACAUGGGGUGAGGAUGGGGCUGUAGCGUUAGAGACAAGUUCUGGUGACGUGAUUCACAGCCCAGCUUAUACUGCACCAGACUUUACGGUUGUUGAUACUAUUGGUGCUGGAGACACAUUUAUAGCCGGUAUGCUCCAUGCAUUAAUCUAUCGAGGCGAUGCUUGGAGCCUUUCACAAAAGCUAGGUUUUGCAAAUCGGGUAGCAGGCAUGAAAGUAACGCAAGAGGGCUUCUCCGGUUUGGAAAGGGCGUUGAACUCAUAUCCUUAAAUCAGGGCUUUAACACAUGUAUGUAACAUACUGUUCCAUAUCAAAAACAGCUUGAGGCUCCC